AUGGCCCAAUAUACCGUUAUCCCUUUCACCGACAUCAGCAAGCUGCCCGCUUGUGCCGCAGGCUGCGGUCCUCUCUACGAUGCAAAUGGCGCCUGUGUGCCACCAGCCGUCAAGGCUGGUACACCCGCCGACUGGCUGCAGUGUGUCUGCUACCAACCGAACCUAUUUGCAUUGGUCUCUAACCCUGCUGCGCUCUGCCCGAAUGCCUGUGCUGGUAACCCAGCCGGCUCUACAUCGAUAGCCUCAUGGUACAAGACUGCCUGUAGCAACGGCCCUGGAUUUAAGACUGCGCCAGGAAACAACAACGGUAACCCUCAACCCACUACUGCCGCCACAACGUCCACUGGUGUACCUUUUACAACACCUCACGCUAACUUGGGUGAUUCCAACGGUAACUGGCUUUCGAACCACUGGCAGUGGGUUGUCAUGCUUGUCAUUCUGAUUGUCGGUAUCGCUGCUAUCUGGAUCGGAGCCUGCAUCUGGCGCCGCCGCUACCUCCGUAAGAAGGAUCGCCAGAACAUCCUCGGCCAGAAGCACUCCGGCUCCAACUCUCGCCCCUCGUGGGGUCCUCCCCUCGGUGGUGGCCUGGCCGACCGCGAACAAGCCGACUACUCCAAGUUCACCCGAGAGCCGCUACCCAACAUGACAGCCGCCGCUGGCACUCCCGAGGAAAAGGCAGCCCGCAAGUCGAAGCGAUGGAACCCCAUGCAGCGCACCUAG